AAAGAAAAUGUAGAGAAUAAGUAAUAACAAAAAAUAUCUUCGGUUAUAAACGGAUAAGCUAGACGUGAAAGGUUUAACAAAUAUGAGACUAAUUGUGGCUGUAAAAUUAAGAGCAUCCUGACACAUAUAAAAUGAAUCCAACUUGAAGGUUUAUGGAGUCGAUGUUCAAUAUGGGUGGACAACUUUGUGUUACAAUUUUCCUACUUGCUUGUUUUGCGUGGAAGGCUCAAGCAGCCGUGAACUGUACGUCCACUGGUCGAUUCGCAGAUCCAGCCGACACUACAUGCAAGAAUUACAGUCUUUGUGUAUAUGACAGUACCACGAACACGCUCCUGACUUACAACUACACGUGCCCUACAACCUCCUUGUUCGACCCAACUACCAGGGUUUGUACCACUAAUUAUGUCUGCCCUACAAAUUCCACUACAAAUACCACCACGACAUCGGUCUGCACAACUGAUGGUUUCGUUGCCGAUCCGAGCUCAACGAACUGCACUACGUAUAUACAAUGUGUGGACAUUAACGGGACGUUCAGCGAAACUACAUUAACAUGUCCAAAUAAUACGUUUUAUAAUCCAAAUACGACAUUAUGUGAAGAGAGUUAUACGUGUACUACUACUCAAACGGUAUCUUGUACUUCAGUUGGGAGAAUAGCUAAUACCACGGACACAACUUGCCAGAGAUAUAUUCUGUGUGUUGCGGCAACAAAUGGGACCUUAUUGCAAUAUUCUUACACAUGUCCUACGACAUCUUUAUUCAAUCCGACCACUCGAGUCUGCACAACUAACUACACUUGUCCUAAUUAGUAAGUAUAUAUAUGAUUGUAUUGAGUCACAAUGUAAAUAAGAA